AUGGGUAAUCGGAGCAAACCGGAUGAUUUCAAAGAGAAUCAAGCGAUGCGUCACUUGUCGGAGAUUGCGAGGGAAGCUAUUAACGCAACACAUGGCCGAACUACCACGCGAAAGAUUGGAAACGCCACCACCGUUUACCAACGUAGGGUUCGACGUGUUCGGGCCCUGGACUAUCCAAACACGAAAACUAAGAGGAGGAGCAGUCAACGCAAAACGUUGGGGACUGAUAUUUACGUGUUUAAAUUGCAGAGCCGUUCAUAUCGAGGUGUUGGAAACGAUGGAGACGAGCUCGUUUAUCUGUGCCCUUAG